AUGGCAGCUACCAUGCGGAAGGAUUUCCUCAUAUCGUCGCCAAUGUAUUCGCGACGCUAUAGUGGGCGAUACGAGGAGCUAGACCAUCUGUCCAGCGCAAGUCUGUGUUACCGUGAGAUCGGAAAGGUCAAAGUGGAUUGUCGUUUUCGACUAUCCAAAUCACAAUGGGGUGUGUUGGGCGAAGAUAAAAACCCUGCUGGCAUCCUUUACAUGGAUCUUGGUUUCGAUCAGCCCCAGGACUUUCGACUAAAGAGCGCCACGGUUCUUGUUACGUUGCAAUACGGUGGCAGAACGGUCAACAGGAACAAUAACCUCCACAUUACAGAUUACUACGGCCCAAAAAACCUCCGCGGCAUCCCAACAAGCAUCGACACCAAGCAGACAUACCGUAUUACCCCUAACGUGGCCGUUUUAGGCAAUGGAAUUGGCGGGCUCGGCGUCAACAAAGAAAAGUAUUUCAGUCAUUCAGAGUUUUGGUCAUUCACCGGUCAACUUCUACCUGGAAAAUCCAACUAUAGGACAGAGGUAGCCUAUCGCACGGUCAAAUGGGAGCUCACCGAGAAUGAGCUGGAUCAACAACCGUUGCACAGCAAUGUGAUACACACGGCCUUUACCUUCCAGCAUGAAAACGAUCCGGAUAUUUCUCAUCAGUGUAGAAAUUGA